AGUAAUUUAAUUCAGUUCUGUUUCUUUUUGGUUUAUGGUAGGGAGACCAUUCUAGCAAAUUUCCAUCUGUGACAUACACAGUUUCUAGCUACCGCUUGACCUGCAAAAAUAAUAAUAGUCACAAAAUGGAGGGGUUAAACUAUGUGACAUUUAAGGUUCAGAGUGGCUCAAUAAACCCUGCUGCUGGUGGUUCAUCUAGAUUCAAAUCUUUCAAGCUUGCAUCAGUUCAAAUGGACAGUCACAGAACCUGUCUUCCUUGUAUUAGAGCUCAGCAGUAUGGGACAAAGGAUGGGCCUUUAGUUGCUACUGCAUCCAGUGAUUCAGUAAUUGAAGAACUCAAAAGUAAAGAUUGGGAAAUAGGGGUUCUAAAGGAUGAAUUAGCUGCAACACAAGGGAUUCGGAUUAGAAGGCGACCGCCAACAGGACCUCCUUUGCAUUAUGUUGGACCGUUUGAGUUUCGGUUGCAGAAUGAAGGGAAUACUCCUAGGAAUAUCUUAGAGGAAAUUGUAUGGAACAAGGAUGUAGAGGUUACGCAGAUGAAAGAGAAAUAUCCACUAUGUUUGCUAAAGAAGGCUCUCGACAAUGCACCUUCUUCCAGAGAUUUUGUAGGAGCUCUUAAGGGGUCGUAUUUACGAACGGGUUUGCCUGGUUUAAUUGCUGAAGUGAAAAAGGCUUCACCAAGUAGAGGUGUUCUAAGGGAAGAUUUUCAUCCUGUUGAGAUAGCAAAAGCUUAUGAGAAAGGUGGAGCAGCAUGCCUAAGUGUUUUGACCGAUUCAAAAUAUUUUCAGGGAAGCUUUGAGAAUCUAGAGGCUAUAAGGAGUGCAGGAGUCAAGUGCCCUCUUUUGUGCAAAGAGUUCAUUGUGGAUGCAUGGCAGUUGUAUUAUGCGCGAACAAAGGGUGCUGAUGCUGUUCUGUUAAUUGCAGCUGUUUUACCAGAUCUUGACAUCAGAUAUAUGCUUAAGAUAUGUAAAUUGAUUGGACUGACGGCCCUCGUUGAGGUCCAUGAUGAGAAUGAAAUGGAUCGCAUGCUAGGAAUUGAUGGAAUUGAACUUAUUGGCAUCAACAAUCGUAACCUUGCAACAUUUGAAGUCGAUAUUAGUAACACAAAGAAGUUGCUUGAAGGUGAGCGUGGAGAGAAGAUUCGACAGAAAGACAUAAUAGUGGUCGGGGAGUCCGGGCUGUUUACUCCUACUGACAUUACAUAUGUACAGGAAGCUGGUGUGAAAGCGAUAUUGGUCGGUGAGUCGAUUGUGAAGCAGAAAGAUCCGAGAAAAGGAAUUAGUGAACUUUUUGGAAAAGAUAUAUCAGCUUAGGUACUUUGUUGAAACUAGAUUCAACAACUUUAGAUCAACAAAUGUUAUACAAAACAACUAGACUCAAAUUUUAUUUGUACUGCUGCUCAAACUCAUUAUAGUGCGAGUGUUGGUUAGUUUUGGUUCUAAAACAACGAAACUUAAACUGCGUGCAACUAGGGUACUAAGGGACCGAACUAAACCAACUCAAGUUUUAGCCUGGUUUUGACAACCACCAAGGCUGAGUGGAGCAUCCGCUGCAGGUUACUCACUUUUUUGAUCAUCAAUCUGCCUCAUCCCAAUAGUUCACAAGUAGGUAUGGGUCAGUGGUCAUAAUCAGUGAUGCUUCUGUCCAUGGGGGUACCUUGACCUGGGAAUUAUGCUUGGUUUCAUAUGGCCAACUUCUGCUUUUGCAGAGAUGUCUGUUUAUUGACGUUUUUGGUUAUUGGCAUGUUGUUGCCUUAGUGUUGUAAGACGUUCAAUCUGUGGAAAUGGGUGUUUUAUUAUGUGUUUUUGA